AUGGCCGUUCAACUCAACGAUAUCAUUGAGAUCCCGGCUUCGGGAUGGACUGAUCUCAUUGAGAUCAAGUGGCAGCAGUCUAUGAAGCAGCGAACUGCCAAGUACUACAAGGUCCCGUUCACCAACACCACCAGUGGCCGAGAGCAGGGCAAGGACCUCUUCAUCCAGGAAGAGAAAGCCGAAGAGUUGAAGAAGUUAGGAACUGUCAAGGACUCGAAAUUGUCCCUGCCUGUGACCCUUGACUUUGUGAACGGUCAGGGCAAAGACGGCAAGAACCGCUGGCUCGUCUACCACGAUAAGAGCAGAGAGUGUUUCCAGCAUCGCUUCAGCCAGGGCGUGCUCAUGAAGUACAUGACACUUGCUCAGGAAGCUGUAGAGAAGAUGGGCUACUACAACCUGAAGGGGCUGAAUGAGAUUGUUUCGGGUCUGGUUGGAGACAAGUUGAACGCCAUGGACAAGAAGUGA